UAACCCAUCAUAUGGAGCAUUGACACUUGUAGAGAAAGAAACGAAAAUGUUCAUUAUAAUUUGCGUGGUUCUCUCAAUCUUUGGGGUUUCUCAAGCUCAAGUUUUUGGUUUUGGGAAAUGUGCAAAGGUCCAAACCCAGGAAACUCUUGAUCUUAAUAAGUAUCUUGGAACUUGGUACGAAAUAUACAAAUUCAAAGCCAAUUUUGAAGGAAACCAGAAAUGUGUAUCGGCGAAUUAUCAGCUAAAGUCAGAUGGUCACAUUCGAGUGGAUAAUAUAGGAAUCGAAAAUGGCGAGAAAAAGGAAGCAGUUGGUGACGCCUACAUUCCAGAUCCAAAAUACCCAUCUCGACUUGGAGUUCGAUUCUCAAAUCUUGCUCCGUACGGACGAUACUGGGUCCUUGAUACAGACUACACUACUCACACCAUGAUCUACUCUUGUUCGGACAUCCUCGGACUGUUUCAUAUAUCGUACGCAUGGAUCUUAAGCCGUGAAAGGACACUUGAUGAAUCUGUGAAGAAUAGACUUUUUGCCAAGGCGCAGUCCUUUGGUAUUGACACUUCAAAAUUUCUAAAAGAAGAUCAAACUGGUUGCUGAUACUAUCAUAUAAUAUAUUCAAUAUUAUUGUUUCACAUUGUUUUGUAUGUUUUUUUUUAAAUAAACUAUUGACGAAGAA